UGUCGCUUUAACUUUAGUCGGUCGGUUGGGUGGCGAUUUGUUCUCUCGCGCAUUCAUGCUGCCGCUUUGGAAAAGUAGAGGAAGGUCGGAGCACAGAGCUGUCAUUUCUUGUACCGUUUCGUCAUUCCGAUUCAAGAACGGAUCGUGUGAAUACGCGUUUUGUUUUAUAUCGUUGUUCAAAACGAUUUUUAUACAUAGGACUAUAGUUUUCCUCUUCGGUUUGUUUUAGGAAAAAUGUUAAACCAUAUAACGUAAAUACACAAAAACUUUUAUUCGAGGAAUGUUUAGGAAAAAUUUUAGUGAAAAUACCGUGACCGUGUGUGUCGCUUUGUGUUGUGUUUUUGUUCUCGAUUAUUUGUGCAAGUAGUGCCACGGUUGUAAGUGCGAGCAUCGGCGAGAAAAUUAGUGGUUUCUUAAAAUGUAAAAAAAGAACAACAAGCUACAAAGAGUCUACCUCAGAAAAGCAGAGCGUCGGAAUUUUUUAAGAAGAAAAAAAAAACCAACCCGUGUAAGUGUAACCAAACUAGCCAUCAAACAAAUCAGAAAAUUAGAUUUUCCCUUUGAAGUAAACCCAUAAGUCAGUCGAUAGCGGCAAGCCCUGUGAGACACACUGUCGUGCGGAGCAGACACCGCCCCCGUUCCCAAUGCUUGCCGAGUGAAGGAAGAAGAACACAGUGAAAAGUGAAAUUUUCCUCCCGUGGAAAGUAGUGGCUCCAGAGCACAGACAGAGACAGACGUUCGGUAACGAGGCAAGUGUCCCGAAAGGAAAAGUGAAUAGAGUCUUCAUCAGACGACGAGUCUAACCCACACUCUCGCAUACGACCACACACAGAAGCUGAGCACACCCUAGACAGUUUUCCCGUUCCCAUUUUCCAGAUCCUAACCGGCAGCGAACGGGGAGGAAGCUGAGUGGGGUUCGUAUUUUCGGGUGAUACUCGAGAAAAGCUCGUUGGAAGCCGAAUCUCAUCCGCCGUUAGUCCUUGGCUUGCCGCGUACAGGAGCGCCAAGUUGAAAGUGAAAACUUGGGAAGAAAAACUCGACGACGGGCAGCCGGGCGAGACCCGGGUUCUGUCUGACUCCCAGACUGUCAGCGAGUGCGAGUGGUGUGUUUUCGUGGAAAAGUGUAGAAACACGGAAAAAGGAUUAUCGUCCUUUCGGACGGCCUAUUCUGGGUGAAGGCCUUUCCCAUGUGUCUCCUUUGCGGUGUGCGUGCGUGUGUGAGUUUUAGGAUGGUCCUUUUGAAGGCGAAUUUUUAUCGAUAAAUGUUACAUUUUCCGUACAGUCCGUAGUACGGCAGCCGCGGGACGUGGGAACGAAAAAUGCUGUGCUUGUGUUGUGACUCAGGGAUUGUUGAAAUAGUAAGCAUACACAACGCGGAAAACGCGGAAAAAAUGACACAACCAAAAAGUGCUGCCGAAGCUCGACGGUUCGUCAUCAAUAAGUAAUGUUAUUGGAAACAAGAAAGCUUAAGCCGUGAACGGUAAACUUUCAGUCUGCACCGUGCGCACAAAUUACUGCGGUGCAAUUUGCUGAAAAUGCAAGCGCCUAAUUGGAAAUUUAUCGACUUGACAUAAUAACCAGGCAAUGCGUAAUUAAACUUAUAGAAAAAUGAACAGCUUUAAUCACCCCCCUAGAAAAGUAUAACCUAAAUAGUGUUUGUAGUUAAGCAAGAAGAAUGUUGUAGCCAAUUAUUGAAGCCUCUAGUGAAAAUUUAUACUUCGUUGGAAAAUCACAAGUUGUUGAAAACAAUAGUGCAAAGUGUCAGAGUUCAAACCGUAAGAAAGCAAGAAAGAGAAUUAUAAACUAUUUACAAACUACAAACUACCCCAAAAAAAACAAGAUAGGAAAAUUUGGGACAGAACAAACAAGUGUUAAGUGCGUGUGAAAUCGGAAAGGAAAAUCAUCACCAAAACAGGAAAGCUGCAAUGAUGAUGCUGCAGCAUAUGUCACCCCACUUUGUGGGGCAAACGGAACCUCCGGGGCCGUCACCGCCGGGAACUCCGUCGCCACCAGCCCACAGUCCGUCGCCGUCGCCGGCCAUUGAGCAGCAACCGUCUCGAAUCAUCAUCCGUCGAUCGUCGCUGCCUCCGUCGGACGACGAGCAUCACUACAGAUACAAACGUGAACCGAACUCACGCCCUGGAACUCCAACGGCCACCUUUACCCACUAUGCUCCGUCCGAGUCGUAUCCGGAACCACAGUACCGGGCCCGCUCGAGGACUCCACCAGCCACGCCACCACUUCCACACCAGCAUCCACAUCGGAUCACUUCGGUAAUUCAAGAGCGUACCGAAAAUGUAAUCCGUUACAUCAAGGAAGAACGUCCGGUGCGUCGUACCUCGAUCGAAGAAGAUCAACAGGUAACUACAGUCCCCGGGUACUAUCGUUAUCAUCCCGAGCAACACCAGCGCACCGAAGAGGACGAAGACUGCGCCGAGAGGCGAUCCACAGACGACGAUGCUCGUGGUUCCGAUCGGUAUCAAUAUCCGGAGGAUCCGGAAAAUCGCUAUCACCGUCGACGGCUUCUGUCGGAACGACGUGACGAUCCCGACUCGGAUUACAGUGACAGUCAGGCAGGUGGUGCCGUCAGUGGCGAUACCGAUCACUACCCGAAGUCGGAAGAGGAAGAACUAGGUGACGACGACCGUCCGCUGGAUCUGUCGAUGAAGAUCAAACGGCGCACUAGGCACGAUUCGGGCGGUAGCGAUUCCGACGAUUCGGCCGGACCGGACUCGGAGGGACACCCGCGCGGUCAGGGGCGGGCCGCAUAUAAGAAAAGUCUGAUGAAGCGAUACCUGGACACCGAGCUACCACUACCACCCCAGACGCCAAGUCCGCCGCCCCAGCAGCGAUUAUCGUCGCAAACCCACCUCCACCAUCAUCACCACAGCAGUAGCGGUAACCAUCACCAGCAAACGGCUGGCAGUCUACUGGCCAGCAGUCUCAGUCAAUCGACCCAGCAGCACAGGCCACUCCUGCACGGACUGCUCAGCGGCACGCACAUACCUCAGGCGCCCUACCACAGCCGGGGCUACAGCACGUCCAGUACAGUUUGCCCAGCGACGCUUCGGUACGUUUCGUCCUCCGGCGCUGGCGGUACCGACGUGGACGAUGACACUUUCCUGGAGAACAUCUUCCAUCUACAGUCGGUGGAAAAGAUCAAAAACUCACACCGCUUCCUCAAGUUGACAAGCUCACUACCUCCAAGUCCAGCAGACAGCGGUGUUUCCGAUGUGGACAGCUCAAGCAGCGGUGGUCAGCCUGCCUGCAGCGACGAACUCAAGGCCCGCCUCGGAAUUCCACUAAACGCAAACAACAACAACAACAAUGGUUCGAGCAGUAGUAACGCUGGCAACAGCAACGUGUUGCUGUCAGGUUCCACCGGUGGCGGGGGAACAGGCGGAGGAGGUGGCAGCGGAGGAGGCGGUGGACUUCCCCCGAUCAAUGCGUCAUCGUCAACUUCGCCGACGUCAUCCGGCUCGUCUCUUCCCCCCUCGGUGGCUCUCUCAGCUGCGGCGGCAGCAGCGGCUGCCACUCAGCAACAUCUACAGCAGGCUCAUCUACCGCCGGGAACUUUCCUGCGACCUAACUUCUACCAUCACAGCUCACCGCCCCUCAGAAAUAUCUGGAACCAGCGGAGUGUACCCCUUACCGACAAUUACCACUACCUGCACUCGAUGAACGCAGCGGCGGCGGCCGGCUACACGUCAUCACACUUCCAGACGCCCUCGCAACCCCGGAAUCAAUCCGGCAAUCCGCUGGCGAACGGUGGCAACGGGCUGAAUGUAAUGGGUCAGCAUCAUCUGCAUUCCCACCAUCCACAUCUCGGUGGACAACAUCCGGGAGCCCAGGUGGGGAACAAUGGCGGCGGUCACCCGGGUGUCAUGGCCGGCGGUUUGGUAAACGGACUACACCAUCACCCGCAGAACGUCUCAUCCAGCUGUCCGGAUGAUCUGUCCUACAUGCUCGAGCUUGGCUUCCCACCCCGGAAGCUCAAAAAACCCAAGAAGCCCAAGCUAGAGAUGGGCGUCAAACGUAAGUCUCGCGAGGGCUCCACUACCUACCUGUGGGAGUUCCUGCUCAAACUACUCCAAGACCGCGAAUACUGUCCCCGAUUUAUCAAGUGGACAAACCGGGAAAAGGGUGUGUUCAAACUGGUCGACUCGAAGGCCGUCUCCAAGCUGUGGGGAAUGCACAAAAACAAACCGGACAUGAACUACGAAACCAUGGGCCGAGCGCUGCGGUAUUACUACCAGCGGGGCAUCCUGGCCAAGGUGGACGGCCAAAGGUUGGUGUAUCAGUUUGUCGACGUACCGAAGGACAUCAUCGAGAUCGAUUGCUCUGGCACAUAGGGAUACGUUCGGCGUCCCACCGGACGUCCCUAGCCUAGCAGACUAGCAACAAACAACCAAGUAAACUAGUAGAAAGAAAAACAAACAUGCAUACUAUCAACAAACACACACCCCAACACACACACACACACAUACACUAGUUCGGUUUCCGGCUGCCCGCCAACUGCGGCAGUCUCCCCAUCGCGGUCUAACUUGUAAAAAAUUGAGAAAUCUACUCCUUCCUUGUGUUAUUACGAGUGUACAGACACGUGCUAAUGAUCUUCUGUUCGUUAAAUGAUAUUUAUAUUUAAAAAACACUUCCCUUUCUCCUAGUUUUUAAGGCUUUCCAUGUGUAUCAUACUAGGCAGUAAGUUGUAAAAUUAUUUCACUGUAUAAAUCAUAAUUUAUUUAAGUUAAAGUUCCCCCUCCCGCGCAACGCAAGCAAACAAAAAAAGCAAACGAAUGGAGAAUGCAAUCCUCCGUUCGAACAGCCGCGAAAGUGCAGUACUAGAAUCGCCGUAACCAAGGUGACCAACAAAACACAAAACUCACGAAUAGAAAGAAUGAUAAAAGACAAUAAAACCCAGAACACACAGAAAACCGGCUCACUAGCAGUGCUGCAGGUUUUGCUGUAAUUUAAUUUGAUUUUAGCCGACGAGUUUUUUUUUUGUCUCUAUUCUUUUAUUUUACAUUUGUUUCACAUAAGAAAACAAAACCAAUCGAAUUAACUGACGGAAGGGCAAUAGGAAGGGAGAAAAAAACCAACAGCAACAAUAUGAAUCAGACGACAGGAUAAUGGUCAACGGAUAACAAGAAAAGUACAAAUCAAAACAAACAAAAACACAAAAACCCUCAACCUCGCGCUAGCGGUACUAGAGCAGCAGCCCGUAGUGAACGGAGCAGCCUCUAGAACGCGCCAGCAGUAGGUGAUUUUUUUUUCUUGUAAUUAACCGCGAAAUGCGUUGUAGGUUUAGUUUAAAGUUUUUUUUUCUGUUCCAUCUUCUGCUUCAUAUGUUUUAAAUUAGUGUACGUCCGUACCUUUCGGAAUGCGGUUUUCUUUAGAUUUUCUCUGUUUCGCCACAGCGAAAGUAAAUCCGCCGAUGAUGUAAAUUUUUGUGUAAAUUUUCUGCGCUAGAGAUAAGUUUAAUUAUAAGGCAAGGUAAGAAAAAAAGAAGCCCUUAGUUUCGUAGCCUUUGAUACCUAGCUCGGUAAGUCUGUAUUCAAGUGUAAAAGUUACUCCUUUAAGUAAAAGUAUUUUGCGUUUAGAGUUUUAUCUUCUUCUACUUUAUAGUUUAAAGUGUCUUUUUUCCUUUUAUGUUUGUUUAUUCUCUCGGUAACCAGAUCAAGUUUCUGAUUCACUUUAGAAAGUUUGCUGCGCGAAAAUCAAAUGUUACUGUUUCUAUUUACUACAACAGCUCACUGCCGCCACCCCCGUCAGUCGUUAAACCAAUUGUUUUUUUUUAUUCUCUUUAAGGACCCUAAGUUUGUAAGAAUUUGUCAAUCAAAGUGAGAAACUGAAAAUCAAAAAGAGCUAGGAAAGAAGCAGAAUAAUUUUUGUGAAUGAUGCGGAAGUGCGGAAGGAAACAGCAAACACGCUCUCAAAAACACACACUCAAACAUCCACACAUACAUAAGCAUAAAAGAAGAAAAAAAAAACAGAAAAAUGCAAGACGCUAGCCGACAAGAAUUUAAAACGAGAAUAAAUGAAGUUUCUUUAGAAUCUUGAUCUCAUUAAUUUAUUUGUACUGACGCAGACGAAAGAUAUUUUUUGUUUUGUUUUGACGAAAUUACUUUUGUUUCUUCACGUGUAAAUAGGCUUUAAAUUUGAGUUCUUCAUCGUUUCAUUUUUAAUUUUUUGUUUACGUGAUCUACUAAUGUGAUUGAAGAAAAAAAAAACAGAUGAAAAUGGAUAAGAUUCUGUGGCUUCGGGCCGCUACAAGACAGUGAACCUCCGCGGCGGAAGCCCCUGGUGGGCACUGGAUUCGAUGGAACAAAGUCCAAAAAGUGUGAAACCAAAACAAGAUGCCUACCAAGCGAUUCAUAUUCGACACUGCCAAUCCGUAGAGAGAGAGAAGCCGCCAUUGGUGCUCGAUAGUUUAGCAAAAAUUUACUCCGUUCGCUCUACUGAAAUGUUAAGUAGUAAACCGAAGUGCUAGCGGUAAGAUCGAAUCUAGUACUUGCCCAGGAUCGACCGACCCGUGACUGGUUGCGCUGCCGCAGCGGAAGGAACAGAUUGUAUCCAUUUUUCAACCUAAAAAAAAGUGUUCGCUUUCGCAAUAUUCUUCGCAGAAAACAGCUGCCUGUUCCCUCUUUGGAUUUUUAAUGCUGCUUUGUUCUAUAUAUUACUAUCCUCCCCAGGCGUCCCGCCGAGACGCGCUCAAUGCUAACGUAAUAGAUUGAUUCUUUAUUUUUUUGUCAACGGACAAACAUGUGCAAUGAACCAAAACAAUAGCAGAAAAGAUAACGCAAAACCACCCAAGCAAGUAAGCCGAAUUUUUAGAAAAUCGAAAAAUCAUACAUACAUUUCAACCCGGUUGCUCGAAAUUUGGCUGCAAAAAAAAUGAUUUCGAACAAUCAAACAUCAACUUAUUAAGCAAAAAAAAAACAAAUUAGAAUGAAAAGUGUAGAAUGACCACCCCUAGGAUGGAGAGGAGAAGAAAUCUAUAGUUUUUACAUAGACGUAAACAUUUAUACUAAAAAAAAAAACAAAACGAAGAAACAUCUAUACACAACAUAUAACAAGCAAGCAAGCAAAACAAGAGUACAGGAGAAACCGGAAAAACAGAAAACGAAAAAAUCAUGCAAGAUUAUAUUUCAGUGUGAUCACCGAAAGAAAGCAAAAAAACCAGAACGAAGGCAAAGAAACAAACACAAUCUUCUAGAAUCAUUUGUUAUGUGUAUAUUAAUUAUACUUUAAAUGUUGCAAAUUUUAUACAUAAAAUUAUAAACUACUAGAAAAAAAUAAAAUAAAAAUCAUAUAAUUUAAUUUGAAACAAUCAGUUGUCCCUUUAUGCUUUAUUUCUGCCAUUUCUUCCCUCUGGUUGGUUUUUCACCUUCUCUCAUCCACUUCCCUCUUGAAUUAUUCGUUUUUGUUUUACGUUCUUCAGUCUGUUACAAUUUUGUGUGCUUUUAAUUUUGAACGUGUAGUGAAUUGGAAAUGCAUCACUGCUGCAACGUAAAUCAAAUGUGAUAGACGAAUUCGUUAAGAAAAAUGUAACGCAACAUAACGGCGAUGGAUAGUGAGGUUGCAUACUUUUAGGGUCUUUUUCGCGCGAAGUAUCGAGUGCUGCAAUGUGACAUAACGCAGGAAUAGGCUUAGUCUGUAGAUGAAUGCAUAUAUGCCAGCGAAAAACGAGUUUUGAACCCUCAAAUGCAAAGUCAACACGGAGAAUUAAAAAUAAUAUAAUUCUACAAGUUGUUCUAGAUUUCUACUUUAUUUGAAAAAAAAAUAAGCACUGGAUCAGCUUUAACAUGAGCAAAAAUUAAUGGAAAACUUUUUGAAAAACAGCAUUAAAAUGAUGGCUCUUCAACGCAAGUAUUGUAAUUCCUUUGGUGUUUUAUGGCGUAUUAAGUUCGCAUAGAUCCAAAUGUUAAGAGAUGCAACCAAAAGUAAAUAGGGGUCAACAGGGUAAGUCCGCCCAGCGGGGUGAGACCGCCCACCGUAGUUUUACACCAAGUUAUAUAAUAAUCAAAUAAUUUCUUCAACGUGUCUAUUACAGUACAAUUACAUAACAUUUUGCACCCCUCUCUGUUUUGAUAGUGCGCGAUCGGUCACAGAAAUAAUCAUAAACAACCUUUCAGCUGGCAACCAGUCAAUGCGCUAUUGUUUUGCGGUAACGGGACUUAAGGUUUUGAAGUAGAUUGCUUCUCUCAGGAAGUUCGGCUACAUAGGGAUGUGAAAUGAAAAUCUAAAACCGAAAAAAAUGAGAAAAAUAUGUCCAAUUUCAAAUGCUAAUAAAUCGAUUAGUAUUCGAUGGAUUUCCUUCGUUCUUGCAGGAAUAGAUUGGAAAAUCUUCUAAGAUUCUCCCCAAAAAAAGAUAAUUGUAAUUUUAUUACUCACACUAUUGUACUAUUGAAAAUAGUCAAGCCUUGUCAAAAUGAAAAAUUCGACCUCUGAUUGGUCGUUAUAUGAUUGCUUCCCAAGCACGGUCGACAGAAUCAUAUACCUUGCAAUUGAAAACAUGCUAUAUGGCCUAUAUAAGAGCCUGUUUCAGCCGAAGCCGCUAUUUAGGGACGAAUGACCGUUUGGGGUUAUCUCUCUUGUAAAAGUAUUCUACUUCAACCUUGCGGUCGUGGCUUUGCACACAACCCUCCUGUGAUUUUUCUGUCUAAAAAUCUAUUGUUUUGUUCGGGAAUAUACGUCCAAUCACUUGCCUGAAUCUGUCUUCUUUCGGAAAUAUCGAAAGCCGUGAGAAGUCUUGUGAUUUUGAUUACUUCUUCGGUGAAAUAUGAAAAUAUUCCACUGGGGGUAAAGCCGCCACGUACCUUUACAACUGUUAGUUGUUUUACUUCAAGACCCAAACACCUCGACACUACAAAGGCAAUAUUUUCAGGAUCAGAAAAGAAAUUUCAAGCCACAUAAGACAACGAUGUUAAUCGACCAUUUUCGAUUUGGGUGAAGGUUUUUUAGUAAUAUUUUUGACGUAGAACUACGUUUUACUUUGGCAUACCACACAGGGAUGCAAACUGAAAAACUGGGACGAAAUUUGUCCCUUUUCAAAUGCUUAUAGGUCGGUUGGUUUUCAAGCGAUUUUCUUCAUUCUUGCAGCAAUCGAUUGGAUAAUUAUACACGCAUCUGCCCAAAUGCAGAAAAAUGUUGUUUGAAUCUACGAACUAUUGCACUAUUGAAAAUUGUCAAGCCUUGUUGAAAUAAAAAUAACGUCCUCUGAUUGGUCGCUUGCUUGCUGUGUGUAUGAUAUGGUAUGAUGUGUGUAUGAUAUGGUGUGAUGUGUGUAUGGUAUGAUGUGUGUGUGUGUGUAUGAUAUGAUAUGAUGUGUAUGUGUCUGUAUGUUAUGAUAUGAUGAGUGUGUGUCUAUGAUAUGGUAUGAUUUGUGUGUGUGUGCUGUGUAUGGUUUUUAACUUGGCACGUUCUGCUAACUGCUGAAUCCGGUUCACGAAAUUCACGACCCUUCAUUAGUAGACAUUAUAACUCAUUACCCAAGUAAAAAUAUUGGUUUUAUCAAAGUUUCAUAGCGCUCAAUACAGCCAAAAAAGCGCUAUGAAACUUUAAUAAAACCAGUUGUGUUACUAGGGUAAUGAAACACUCAAUGCAUUUGUUAAUAGUGUACGUAGAUCUACGUCAUUUAUGCGGUCGUGUCUUGGAUACUAAAACUAUACUAAGACUAAUUUUUGAAAAAAGUAAACUUGUGUAAAAAUGGUAAUUAUGAACAAACAUAAUUUUAGAGCCAGGACGGUUUGUUUGAUCGGAAUGACGUUUCCGGCAGAGUUGAAAAUAGUAGUUUUUUACCUCCGAAAAAAGUAUACACUGUAAAAAAAAUUAAAGAAAAGAUAUAAAAAUAGAAUUAAAUAUAAAAUUUUUUUAAAUUUAUUUAAAAAAACCAUGUUUUUGCCUGCAAAAUCUACAAAAAGUAAGCUAAAAUUUGAUGGUUGUUGGAUCACGGAGUAAUAGAAAUAUUAAUAGCUCAAAUUCCCCAGAUCACCCAGAUGGUAUCAAGGUACGAUGCUGGCCUAACAGUCGUCGUAGGUUCGAGUCUCGGCUCGGGAGAGACUGUUAGUGUCAGUAAGAUCGUAUCACUAGCCCCGCAAUUGUCCUGUACACUAAUUAGUCGGCUGCGAAGUCUGUGUAUAAAUAAACAGAAGGUCGAGUUCCGAAUCGGAAUGUAGCACCAAGGCUUUGCUUUGCUAAUAGCUCAAAUUUUGUGAAGACAUUUUUUUGGACGGUUUGUUUAAUGUACAGAGUCGUUGGUAAUUUUGUUCUUCAAAAAAAAAUUUAAAAAAUUGAAAAUAUGAAUGAAAAAAUUAAUAAUUAUUAAUAUUACUCUAUACAUAAUAAGUCUUCAAAAAAAUCAUACAGACAGGUUUAAUGAGUUUUUAUUUUUAGCUUAAAGACAGGUAUAUUAUGAGUUGACUAUCUUGAAAAACCCCAAUUCUGACAAAUCUAUUAAUUUUGAAAACCACAAGCUACCUGAACAAUUAUUUGAACUUGGAUAAUCAAAAAACAAAAAAAGUUAAAACUUAGAAAAAAAAAUUUUUUUCAUAUUUUUCACAGUGUAUAUUUUUAAAAAAGAAAAAAAGUAGGAGGUUGUAUCCAAGACACGACCGCAUAAAUGACGUAGAACUACGUACACUAUUAACAAAUGCAUUGAGUGUUUCAUUACCCUAGUAACACAACUGUUUUAUUAAAGUUUUAUAGCGCUUUUUUGGCUGUAUUGAGCGCUAUAAAACUUUGAUUAAACCAAUAUUUAUACUUGGGUAAUGAGUUAUAAUGUCUACUAAUGAAGGGUUGUGAAUUUCGUGAACCGGAUCCAGCAGUUAGCAGAUCGUACCAUAUCAUACCAUAUCAUAGACACACACACACAUCAUACCAUAUUAUACACGCAUACACACAUACACACAUGAUACCAUAUCAUACACACACACAGCAAGCAAGCGACCAAUCAGAGGACGUUAUUUUUAUUUCAACAAGGCUUAACAAUUUUCAAUAGUGCAAUAGUUCGUAGAUUCAAACAACAUUUUUCUGCAUUUGGGCAGAUGCGUGUAUAAUUUUCCAAUCGAUUGCUGCAAGAAUUAGAAAAUCGGUUGAAAACCAACCGACCUAUAAGCAUUUGAAAAGGGACAAAUUUCGUCCCAGUUUUUCAGUUUGCAUCCCUGUGUGGUAUGCUAAAGUAAAACGUAGUUCUACGUCAAAAAACGUAGUUCUACGUCAAAAAAAUAAUAUUUCGUUAUUUCAUCAUUAUCAAUAUUUAUUAUUAUAAUAAUUAUUAUAAAUAUUCAUUUAAUUCCACUUUUGUUUACUUAGAAAUUUCAAUAGAAUAAUCAUAAAAGAGUCUAACUGCAAAAGUUAACAAACACUGUUAGAAUUAUCAUUUACUAAACUAGUGCAGAAGAACAAACUCCCACUAGUUUUGUUAACAUUUAAAGUUACUCCCUCAAUCCAAUAUUGAAGAUGAUACUGCAAGAUCAGCCCUAAUGUGUUCGCCAAGAUCUCUUCAUUCAUAAAUAUAUUGAAACAAUAUAUUUAUUGUUUAUUAAAAAUUGAAAAAUUCUGUAGAUCCAUAUCUCUUCAGAACAUACAUAUAUUCCAAAAAAAUAUAUUCCAUAUAUAUUCCAAAAAUAUUAUUACAUAUAUUCCAAAAAAAUAUAUUCCAUAUAUUUUUUGUAUGUAUAUUAUACGACGUAAAUCCAAACCACAAUAUGCCUUUUUAUUUAAGGUUAUCGAUAUUAUUAAGGUUGACACAGUUGAACGCAAUCAAAUCAAUGUGCCAAGCCUGACAUUAAUUUAUGGUAUGCCAUUCGUAGAUUACAAAAAGCUAACACUACUCUCUCCCACUGAUAUUAAACGUAACCAUUUUUUACUUUAACAAAGAUGCGAAAAUGAAGUGAUUUUUCAGAUUCGAUUUUUUUUUUGGUUCUUCCAAGUAUAAGUACACAAAAGUAUUCGAUAAAAGUUGAUGCUUUAUAAAAAUUGUUACAUUCCUCCUACCUCGAGUAGAAGCCCCUCCACCGGCGUCCCAACCAGUGGUUGAACUCGCUUCGCCGCCGUCUGCUGCCACUCUAGCUCGCAGGGACCGAGAACGCUCAGUACUGGUUCUUGGUUUCUUCGACGCACUUCCCCCUUGCAGGUUCUUCGCGCGUUUUCGAGCAUCACGCUUGUUUUUGGUGUUCAUAUACUUUGACAUCUUACUUCACUACUAAACUUUUGACUGAUUUAUCAAUAAAAGCUGGGAGUCUAUCGUACGAGAAUAAUACAACACUACAAAGUAAUACUGCACUACUUGGAAUAAAAGACAAUUUUCACAUUUUGUGCCGUGCUGAGUACGAAAUUUAUGUCUGUAGUCGGGAACCUUCACGUGGUUAUGGGAAAUCCCAUAUCCAUCAACCCAUUUAUCUAUUAUCCCAUCAUUUCAACUAAGCAAUAUCCCAAAUCGUCACCACGGCAUCAAUCCCCAUAGUAUUCACAAAAUUUUUUGUUUUUUUUUGCCUUGAAAAAGGCAUUUUACUGUUCAAAAUCGGUUGCUGAUCGCAACCUUUGUGCUGCCCCAACAGUGGGGGAGUUAAGAUACACGGACAACAUGCACUGUGGAAGCUAUUUCACCUUCUAUAUAUUAGACGGCCGCGACAGAUGUAACUGCUAGUUGUCAAAAAUUAUUAACUUUCAAUGACUUGUUUAUUUGCGUUGAAAAAAGGCAUUUUGCUGUUCAAAAUUGGAUUUGGUGAUGACGAUCUUCAUGCUGCCCUAACACGGGGGAAUAAUGGCAGUCUGGCGACACACGCUGAGAAGAACAGCGCUGCUCCUGAGACGUGGUGACCAACCACAGGGCUAGUGCUGCUGCUAAGGAAGGACGACUGCUGUUGACAACUUGUCGCUGUCCAGAACUAUUAUGAGCAGCUUCGGCUGAAACAGGCUCUUAUAUAGGCCAAAUAGCAUGUUUUCAAUUGCAUGGUAUAUGAUUCUGUCGACCGUGCUUGGGAAGCAAUCAUAUAACGACCAAUCAGAGGACGUAAUUUUCGUUUAAACAAGGCUUGACAAUUAUCAAUGGUAAAAUAGUUUGCAUAAUCAAUCAACAAUUUUCUACAUUUGGGUGGAUGCGUGUAUAAUUUUCCAAACAAUUGCUGCAAAAAUGAAGGAAAUCGGUUGAAAACAAACCGAUUUAUAAGCAUUUAAAAAUGGACAUAUUUCGUCCCCUUUUCGUUAAAAGUUUUCCUAUUUACAUCCCUAUGUGGUAGGCUAAAGAAAAACGUAGUUCUACGUCAAAAAAACCAUCUACAACUUUGUCACUAUACCGAUAAAAUCAACCGUUUUGGCCCUAAAAAUAUUUGUUAUCCUCAUAAAAUAGUAGGCGAUCUUACCCCGCUGGUGGACGGGCUUACCCCGCAUGAAAAAGAUCUGCACAUUUUCAAUGAAAUUUUAAAAUUGGAAAAAGAGCUGGAAAAUAAACAAAAAUAUUUCAGUUCUUAUUUUUUAAACGCGGGUAUCGAAUAAAAGAACCUCUUACGAAGAAUAAAGGAAAUUGCAGCCGUAACUUUUUUUUCUAUAAACAGAAUUGCUUAAGGGGGCGGUCUUUCCCCGCUUACCCCUACUACAUCGUUUAAUUUCUUUAGGAGCUAUAGACAAAGUUUUCCAUUUUUUAAAUCCAUCUAUUUCUGAGUUUUACAUUUUUGUUUUUGGGUUUUUGGGUAUUCAUUUAUAUUUCAUUAUAUGCAGAAUGCCAGAAACAACAAAUUUAACUUAUUUUCAACUGCUCGUAACUAUUGCAUAUUUGAAAAUAUCUGUGAGCGUUAGCUUGAUUUUACACUAACAUUUUAUAGGUGGUGAAAAAGUGCCGUAGGAAUGAUUCAUGCCUUGAAAUAUCCAUUGUUCCGCCAACUGGGGUGCUUAUGGCGCCAUCUUGUUGAAACCACCAUGCUCAACAAGGUUCAGAUAGUCUAAUUCGGACAUUUCAGAGGUUAUAUACCUUCUAAGAUUUUAAAAAAUCGAAAAAAAAAGGUUUUUGCAUUAUCUUGAAGUACAACUUAUUGAGAACAUGUUCACAAAUUUUCAUAAAGAUCUGAGUGAUAGGAAGAAAGUUAGAGCGAUUUGAAAUUGAAAUUUUCUUCAUCUUUUUUUAAUGUUCCCUAAUUAAUUCCCCGGCCGUUGAACGAUCGUUUUUUUGAUAUACGAAGCACAGAUCGGUUGCAACUUGGAUGCAAUCCGGAACCAGAAGCGUGGAACACAAAUGUUAUCCAAUCGGUAGCUCUAGUAUCGCGUAAAAAAAUCGCUUUUGAUAUUUUUGCCGACAUUAAAAGAUUUCGGUUUUGGUCGUGUUUUGGUUUCGCAGCUUGAAAAACAGUAACAAUAACAACUGCACAAGCAGUGAAACGUCACCCGUGGAUUGCUAAAAAUUACGUAGAAUUCUGUUGAAAAUUACGAAACACAAACUUGCUCAAAAUAUAGUCUCUUUUUCAUUAGAGAACGGCUAUAAUUCCAAAAAUUAUUACCAACAUAAAGAACAUUCGAUUUUUUGGACACUUCCCAAUUGCAUAUCUAAACAUAUAAAAAUGCCGAUCUAUCUGUUUGUCAGAUCCACAUAUAGACUUGAAAACUACUAAAUCGAUCAGCGUAAAUAUUUGUAUGUAGGGGUUUUUGGGGCCAAAAAUGUGAUUAUAGUAGUUCCUGGCCACUCCCUCUUCUGAAAGGGAGGGGUCCCAUCCAAAUGGAACUAAAAUUUCUGCACAAUUCGAGAACUAAUUGGGUUACCAGUUUUGUGUAUUAUCUAAAAGGGCUCUAUUUCCUAAGCAAAACAUGAUUUUUAAAAAUUUUAUAUCGUUGUCCUUCGGUUUUCAAAUCAGGAAUUAAUACUGCUCGAAAUUUGCUAGUAAUGUAUAAACUGUCAUUACAGCUAUUAAGAGCGUAAAUAGCUGAACAACCUAAUUAAAUAAAUGAAACCAACUUUGACAUGGUUUUGAGAGCCAAAAACAUUUUUAUAGUUAUUCGCUACCCUUUUCUUUUUUUCCUGUUCUGGAAGGGAAGGCUCCUAUACGAAACAAACCGAAAUUUCUGCAUAACUCGGGAAAUAUUCAAGCAAAUGGAACCAAAUUUGGCAUGUAGAAAUUUUUGAGAGCAAGAAAUGUUUCUAUGAAGGUUGAACAACCAUUCAUACUCUGCAAGGCUCCACCAUGACUUCCAAUUUUCCCGGAAAACAGUCUAAAAUGAUAGAAAUAAUGCACAUCAGUAUAAAAUAGACGCGAAGCAAAAGUAUUUCCAGUUCCAGUUAAAUUCAAUUUGAAUUCAUCUCAUAGUCUCUAUAUACUAUGUAUUUUAGUGAAAUUUAAUUUUUUCAGUAGAAUCUAUUCAUUGCCGAAUUAAAUGCAAUUUUCCAUAUAUGAUCUUUAAUUUGACAUCAUUUGUUCAGAGUCUACAGUGCACUCGCAUCCAAAAGAGUUUUAAAUUCACUUGCACAUUUGGUCGGCGUGCGACCAGACCGAACCAAGCGCCAAAAACAUUAUUUCGAGUAAUCGGCGAUCAAAGUUAACCCACCCCGUAUGCUUCCUGCAAGCUGCUGCAGAGAAAUUUUGUUAUAAUACCAUUAUAAACUGUUGAAAUGAUUUCGUUUCUUCAUGAAAUAUAGAUUAUCAAUUUUAACUUCCACUAGUGUUAAAAACUCAGUUUUCAAAAAAUGGCGCUUAGUUCGGUCUGGUCGCACGCCGACCAUUUAUUUCUCGGUUGUACAGAAAUCCUGCUAAAAGUGCAGUACACUCGAGUUUGAUUUGAGUUGGAAUCCUGCGUAACAGUUUAUACCUACAAAUCGAAUUACAAUAGAAUUCGCGAAGUGUUUGCUGGAAUAUUUUGUUGCUUUGUCCUUUAAAACCAUGAAUUUUAGCUAAAAACAUGUGUACAACAGCUGCAUUUUAAAAUACAUCGUGCAUUGCAUGCACCAGAAAAUGUUGCAGAGUUUAACCUCAACCAGUCAGAAUGUGCAACUAAAGCUUAAAUUAUUGUGAGGAAGCAGAUUCAAGUUAAACUCAAACCUGAAAAAAGAUGACUCAGUUCAACUUUGCAUGAGUUAAUGCCAAAACUGAUCCUCUAAAUUGUUAACAGUUUAUAUAAUACUAACAAAUUAUUAUUGCAUGAGUUAUUUGCAUUGCUGAUAAUAUAGUUUUUUUUGCAACUUCUAGCCCAGCGGUUCUCAACCUGGGGUACGCGUACCCCUAGGGGUACGCGAGAGAAAAAAACAGUAAUAGCGGACAAAGCAAUUUUUUUUUUAAUACUCUAUUUGUUGUUUAAACUUCCUCUUAAAACACAACUGAAGCAAUCACAGUUCAAUUUGAAACCUAAACUAGACUACAACAACAUGAUCUACCACUACUCUCUCCCACUCUGCGCGAACAUUCCAAGCCAGGGGGUACAAUUGAUUUGGAAAAUAUCGUCAAGGGGUACGUGGACAAAAAAAGGUUGAGAACCGCUGUUCUAGCCAAUUCAAAUACACGAUCUUAGUUAAACUUAUAUUUUUUACCCGUGUGAAGCUAGCAUGAUUAAUAAAAAUGUUAUCGUUUUUGUAUUUUUUUCCUGAAAACUUUACGUUUUAACUAAGAGUAUGCGACCGUUAAAACUAACUAGAAAAGAAGUGUAGAGUACUGAAAUUAUCUUUAUCCAUUCAGAAUAGAUAAAUUGUACAACGCUAGUUUUUUUAUAAAUCUUCCUUUUUUAAAUACAUUCAAGUAUUUUCGCUUGCCUAGUAGUAACUUCUCGAAUUUAGACUUGACUACAAUUAGUAAUUACAACAACAAAAACAAGGAAAAAAAUCUCGGCGUCCCUGCGUAGGCUGAAAACGUAUCGUAGAAAAAUGCAUGAAAGAAAAUUGGAAGACUUGAGCAAAACAUGAAAAAAAACCGAAACGCUAACUCUUGUAGAAAAAAAAAAUAUGCCCCAUUAGAAAUUUACUGUAGUUUUAAUAGUUUAGUGAAAACGGACAGUAAAUAUAGAAUGUAAUCCGAAGUAGCUUUUCACGUCUCAUCCGAGAACAUCACUUUCGAGUUACAGCUAGCGCGUACAUCUGUAAGUCUUAUUAGUUAGAUCAAACAAUUGGUAAGCAUCGUGUGUGUGUGUUUCGAACUUUAUGAAGAAAGAGAAAAAAAAAAACAAAGUUCCACGUGCAACACAAAUAUCACAUAAUCUAUGUAUUUAACGUCCCUAGCAAAGAAUCCACAAAUACCUCCCCACGGGUGCUGGAGUUAACUUUUUGCGCAAAUAAUGUUGAUUCGGUAUUUUGUGUUUUAGUUUUGCGACACAGGGAAAAAUUGGCACAUUUCAUUCGAUUCAAUUUCGAAAGGAUUCUGUUUAGCGGUAGAAGCAGACGUAUUGGAUUUUGAAAAGCAACACGAUUGGCAUAAGACUGAAAUUAAAAAAAAAUCUAAAAUAUUAAGCAAACAAAAAUCAUUAGAGCAUAGCCAGUAUUUGGGUACGGCUUACUUAUAGACGCUAAUAUAUGAACCGAUUGGCUGUGUGAGGUAAAAAUAUGAGCAAACUGGCAACGUCAAAACGAUUAAAUCAAGGUAAAUGAAUGUGAUAUGUACGACUUAAUAUCGGUAUCAAAAUUUUAGGAUAGACAAAAUUCAUUCUAAGUUUUGUUUGUCUUCGUUUCUUCAUUGUACCAAAUCACGUCAACAGGUUUUGAAUCGAGACAAAAAAAUUAACUCCACACCGCAACUUAAAAAAAUAAUCUUAAACGAACACUCGUCGAAAAAGCAUAGGUAAACUUUAAACACUAUUCAUCCCAAUACGCAAUUGACUCAUUGCAAUAAAAGAAAAUACAAGGAUAGUUAUAGAAUUGAUUUAGUGUGGUCCAACAACCGUAUUCAUGACAUUCACAUUAGCUAAAAAUAUUAUGACAGCGGUUUCACCACUACACAGUUGAUGAGAGCGCAAGCAAUUUGUAAAUACUUUUUUACACGUAGGACAUCAGGGCUCUAGACAGUAAAACAAACAUUGUAGCAUAUUCAGGUAGAUGCUCUUUCUCUCUGUGCUGUUAAAUUUUAAAUCUAGCAAUAGGUACACAUCUACGGCAUUACCAAGCCACGUCAGGCGACGGUGAAUGUCGUUUUUCGUUUUUCAUUAUAUAGUUGUAGCAAAUAUUUAACCUUUGUUGUAUGAGUUUGAGUAUUGGAAGGAAUCUUAACGUUUUUAGAACAAAAAGUGUAGCAAAAUUUAAACUUCAUAUAUCUAGCGAAAAGAAAACGGAAAAGCCAACCAACGUAAAACUACAAACAUAUAGUCCAAUUGAGUCCCACACAUACAAAACUGCAACUUGAAAGUACACACAGGCAACGAUUCCAACACAAAAUAUUACAAAAUAUGAUACCUCACCAAUAGAGUAAUCAGAUGUAGCGAAAUUUACUUAACAGAUAUUGAAAACAAAAGUAUAUAGAAGAUCAGCACUGUUAAGCCAUACUCAGCCUUCGUUUCAGAACGAUAAUGUCUCCAAACUCUCUGGCGAGAACGAUAUUCAUGUGACAAAUUAGUAUCAAUCUUAGGAGGAGAUUCCAGUGCUGGUGUUAUGUCUUACAUGACUUAUUUUAUUGUCGAUUGAAGAUUUUUAUAACAGCAGUGCUGCUAUUAUAAUGUUUAGUUAUUUUACGAUUAAAAAGCUAAGAAAAAAUAUAUAUGACCCUUUUUUGUACACCCAGGUUUCGAAGUAUCGUGCAAGGAUAUGUGAGUCUGUAUUCCGAUCCGGCACGCUGUAUGAUAGUAGUUUAAUUUUUACUUCUUGGACCAUAAUCAAUCAUGCGAAAGAAUAUAGAACUACAUUCGUAUAUUAGAGGAAAAAACAAAGCUAAGAGCAACUUACAAAAGCGAACAAAACGAUGUACAUCUUUGAAGAAAUUACCUCAGAAUCAGAAGUUUCACAAAUCAAGUUAGUCUGUUAAGAGCGGCAGAGUUUAAGAAAUUAUUGCAUCUUAUCAUAUUCAGAAAAUUUUGCAGUCCAUAUUCUAUACAGGCACAUAACCUUUCGCAUCAAAACUAUGACGAUUUAUGAGAAUCGUACGAAAGUGUAGCAAUUACAUACGUCAGAAAGUUAUUUCUCUGUCAACCAGUGUGGUAAGAAAUACUGAAGCAUAAUCUCAUUAGCAGCCUAGCAUCAGACAUGAUUGUAAAAGCGGAAGCCCUUUCCACUUGAGUGGCCAUAGUGCACAAAAAACAGCAUUUUUAUAAAAUAUAAAUUUAAAUUAAAAAAAAAAAACAUACGAUAAAGUAAUGAAAGGAAAAACUAGCAAACAUUUUACACACCUUUAUAUAUAGCAAAUGAGCAAAGACUUGACUACAUUGAAACUAAAAUUAUACCCUACGCGUUAUUGAAAACACUUAUGCUGCAAGCAAAACGUAAAAUUUGAAAAUGAAACAUUCCUUAAAAAAUCCACAGAGUUGGUGUCACGUCGAUGAGAACUGAUUAGUAAGGUGAACAUUGUUAGUACUUAUUUCGUGUUGUUUUUUUUUUUUUUAAUUUUGUUUUUUCAUAGACAAAUAUAAACGAUAUUUACUACAUCUUUGCUAACACAGUACAAUAAAACGGCGAUAAUUCUAAGAAUUUUUUCACGAACCAAAGAUGAUAAUUUCAUAUCGAACCGAUUUAUCCAGUUAAACAAAUCAUAUAUGUAUAUCUGCAGAUAGGAAAAUGUUCAUCGUUAAACGAUAAGUUUUGUUCGCAAUGGAAUAGUAGACCAAACCAGCUAAGGUGUAAGUUAGUUUGUAGCCGAAUUUCCCCAAGGGAAACCAUUUACGAGGUGAUAAAUUAUGUUUAAGCUAAAACCAAAAUCGCUGAAGAAACCACACAUACACACACAUACAUAGGAUGAUGAGUUUGCUCCGACGAUGCAUUCUUGUUUGAUAUCUUAAGGUUAAAACUCAAAGAAAAACUCAACUCUACCGUAAAAGUUUUCAAGUUCUAAGCGCAAUUUUAUUGAUGACUGUUAAUCUGAGCAUGAAAAUGGACGGGAUGAAGUGACGACGACUGUAAGCAAGGAAUUUUAGAAAUACUAUAAAGCAUAAGCAUAGAGUGAAUGUUUCAAUUUUCGCUCCCUAACCCAAACUCAAACUCCAGUUUGUUCAGCGCAAUGGGACGAAUUGUCGACGCCGUCACAAAAUUUCACUCUUGUGGUUGAAACACGGGGGGAAACUCGAGACUCGAAGGAAAAACCGAUACCACACAGCCCCUCCGGAGAGAAUGGGCCAACGCAAGACUAGUAUUCACAUUAUACUACUGAUGAGAUACACAUGAUUAAUGAAAAUAAUGUUCUUUAUUAUAUAUGAUAAUGAAAUUGAAACAAUUAAGAAACUAUCAGGAAGAAAAAUAUACAUCAUACACCGUGUAAAAUAUUAAUAAUGAAUAAAGUAUUAAUCUUCUUAACAAA